AUCCGACGAGACGACCCGCACGUGCGCCGCUCAACCUCUCCUCGUCGUCGUCGUCCUCAUCCUCAUGGUCCCCCACCACCACCACCCGCCAGCCGUGCUCAUGCCGCGUCGUGCCGCCCAAAAACAUUUUCUCCCCGGAUCCCGCAGCGAAAGCGCCGCUGGCGAGAAAAGAAAAUCCAUUUCUCGGAGCUCACUGCACAGUUGGCCGGGCGCAAGACUAGUUUAAUCCCCGGGGAGCAAGGUGGGGGCCGGCCUAGGUAAUGGCCUCGUGCGCUCCCUCCUCCCGCAGACCCUGCCCCGGGUUUGAAGGGUCGUCUUCUCCGCGCCGCCGCUCUCCUCCCUCCUCCUCCUCCUCUUGCUGGCCCCGUCACGGCCUUCCCGGUGGAGUUGUUGCCGGGUUAGUUCUUGCCCGGGGUUUAAUUUAGGACCCUGCUCCUUGGGAAGCAGAGCCUGCGUCCAGGGCUCUUGGUUGGGCGGCGCUGCGGUCGCCGGAUUUGGUGACUUGAAGUUGGAAUUCCUCGGAAUAAAAAAGCUUGAAGUUGAAGAAAAAAGCUUCCAUUGUUUUUCUUGGACUUCAAAAAGGAAUGGCAUUCCCAGAUGAUGAUGAGAAGAUGAAGGGCUGUCGACCGAAGAUUUUCGGGACGAAAGAUAAGAAAGCCGCAAAGAAGACAGACCAUCCAAGCCCCUCCACAGUUAAGUCUGCACCAAGCUCUUCCAAGCCACCAUCUUCUUCCCCCUUCAGAACGCUUUCAGAAGUUAGGAGCAUACGUCUCAGCCAUUUCCUUGCCCGUUCUCCAAGUGCUAUAAAAACUGAAACUUUCAGGAUAUUUAUUUCUACAUGGAACGUCGGUGGAAACACACCUACCGCUACCUCUGAGUUGAACCUGGACGACUUCAUUCCUGCUGAUGACCACUCGGAUAUUUAUGUUUUAGGUUUUCAGGAAAUUGUCCCUCUCAAUGCCGGCAAUGUGCUUGUGAUGGAAGACAAUGAACCAGCUGCAAGAUGGCUGGCUCUUAUACACCGCACGCUAAACCGACCAGCUAACGGGGAUGCUGAUAUCUUCCAGCACAAGCCAUCUCUAUCCCUUGAUUCAACCUCGUCUCAGUCUUCGUCAAACCUUGAUGCUUCUUCUUUCUCUAACCGCUCUAGUUCUGCAAUCUUCCAGUCCUCCUUAAAAUCUAUCAGGAAGCCUUACAUGCCUACUCACAGAAAACUGCUCAAACUCUGCAACUGCUCUGUAGAAAUGACCAGGAAAUCCUAUAAAGAUGCUUGCUUUGGAUGCCCACAAGGAUCCACUAAUGAGACUGACUCUUCGGAAGAAGAGGAAACAGAUGAAAGAUCGAAUAAAACUCAUGGUUAUGUGGUUGAUGGAGUGACUUCUACUUCUUCCUCUAGGGAUCAGCUAAAAUAUAACCUCGUUUCUUGCAAACGAAUGGUUGGUAUUUUUGUGACAGUAUGGGCAAAAAAGGAGCUAGUGCCACAUAUUGGUCAUGUGAGAACAUCAUGUAUCGGCCGUGGAGUAAUGGGCUAUCUUGGAAACAAGGGAUGUAUAUCAGUGAGCAUGACACUGCACCAGACAAGCUUUUGUUUCAUCUGUAGCCAUUUGGCUUCAGGUGAAAAAGAAGGCGAUGAGCUGCGUCGCAAUUCGGAUGUGUUAGAGAUCCUGAAGGUCACGCAGUUUCCAAGGAUUUGCAGAAGAGCUGGGCAACGAACCCCUGAGAAAAUUAUUGACCAUGACCGCGUGUUAUGGUUGGGGGAUCUGAACUACCGUAUUUCCUUGAGCUAUGAAGAUACCAAGAAACUUCUGACAGAAAAUAACUGGGAUGCCCUUUUUCAAAAAGAUCAACUUAACACUGAGCGCAAUUCUGGAAGGGUGUUCAAGGGUUGGAGCGAAGAGAAGAUAUAUUUUGCUCCCACGUACAAGUACACCUUUAACUCGGAUUCCUAUUCUGGAGAAACUGUAACCUCGAAGAAAAAGAGGAGAACCCCAGCCUGGUGUGAUAGAAUACUGUGGCAUGGAGAUGGUAUUGCGCAGUUAUCCUACUUCCGCGGGGAGUCUAAAUUUUCUGAUCAUCGCCCUGUCUGUGGAUCAUUUAACGUGGUGGUAGAUAAACUAGACAACAAAUCGAAGAGGCGCACGCCUAAUACUAACAUCAGAAUUGGUGCUGAAGAGCUCUUACCAACAAGAACGAACAAGGUUAAUAAAGAACAGCUGAGAUCGAUCCCUGUCUGCCUGCCAUGGCGCACGUUUUCUCGGUGCGUGCCUCGCAUGAUUCCGCUUUGCCCGUGCCUGCUGCCGAGCGUGCGCGCACGCCUCUCCCUCCGUGCUGGCCGUCCGAUCGACGUGUCCUGCCACCUGAGCGGCUCAGAUCUCUCCUCCUCCCCGGACCCGCACACUCGUCCCCACUCUCUGUCUCUGUCCCGAAUCGAGGCUACUGGCGACCAUUUCCAGACCCUGGUUGCAUUCUCGCUUGCCAUGGCGCGGCCUCGGGCGGGGGCACCCUCACCCAUCCCCGUGCCGUUCCUCCUCUCCGUCCUCUUCCUCCUCCUCGGCCGCCGCGACGCUGCCGGCGGCGGCGGCGGAGUCAGGGGCAGCUCCGUGUACCCGGCCCCCGUGGUCUACCCGCACCACUCCCGCCAGAUCUCCUGGCAUCCCAGGGUGUUCCUCUACCCGCACUUCCUCAGCGACGACGAGGCCAAUCACCUAGUCUCUCUCGCGAGUGGGGAGCUCAAGAAGCCCGGCGAUAUUAAGUCGGGCAAGAGCACGCUUAGUGAGGUCCGCACCAGCUCCAGCUACAUCAUCAGCAAGGGCAAGGAUCCAAUUGUUGCUGGUAUAGAGGAUAAAAUUGCUGCAUGGACAUUUCUUCCAAAAGAGAACGGCGAAGAUAUGCAAAUUCUAAGGUGUAAGCGUGGAGAGAAGUACGAACCGAACUAUGAUUACUUCACAGACAGUGUUAACACUAUGCGUGGUGGACAUCGCGUAGCUACUGUACUUUUGUACCUAACAGAUGUUGCAGAAGGAGGGGAAACAGUUUUUCCCUUAGCCAAGGAACAUACAAAGAAGGGAUCACACGGUAAAGAUGCAACCUUGUCAGAAUGUGCAAAGAAUGGCAUUGCAGUGAAACCACGGAAAGGGGACGCCCUCCUGUUCUUCAACCUUCUCCCAAACGCCACAACGGACCCGUCGAGCCUCCACAGCGGAUGCGAAGUCAUCAAGGGGGAGAAAUGGUCCGCCACGAAAUGGAUCCGUGUGGCCUCGUUCGACAAGGUCUAUCACGCACCAGGCGGCAAUUGCACCGACAGCAAUGACAGCUGCGGGAGAUGGGCCGUGCUGGGCGAGUGCACGAAGAACCCCGCGUACAUGGUGGGAACCGCGGCGUUGCCCGGUCACUGCAGAAGGAGCUGCAACGUGUGCUAACAUCAGGAUGUGAGAAAUCCGUGGAACAUUGACGGUAUGUUGGCAGUCAGGUUCAUACGUACAGGAGUAGCAGGCUCAUGAGGUCGUACCAAAUUUUGGUUGCGAGUAGUCCCUGUUUCUUGGUUACCAGUGUUUUAUCGUUGUAUGAUAACUUGGCUGGAAGGGGACAGACCCCUGUUGAUUAGUGCUCAUAAUUUGUGUUAGGCAGGCUGUUUUUGUUGCUCUAUGCCUAUGGUAACCUGGCUGGAAUCAGACGACAGACCUUUGUUCAUUAUGUUAGGCGGGCAGAGAUCAGCUCAUUGUAGCACGAGUUGUGUAUGCCAUAUAUAAAUUCACCAGCAUGUGGAUC